AUGGUAGUUGAGUCACUGAUGGUUGGUUUUAAGAAGAACCAGAGUACAGCAGUCAUCAUGUUGAAAAUGGAGCAUAUAUUAUUGGUGAUAUUGUUUAGUAUGUGUUGCCAUGUUAUUGCGACAGGUCAGGAGGACGAAGGUGAAUCCAGAGUAAGAAGAUCAAGAAAUAGAAAUCGAGGAUCAAACAACGGGGCUGCUUUUGAUAAUAUUGAUGUAGGACAUCUUCCCAUUGGCUUGCAAAGAGGAAUACAAGGUAUGGUGAUGAACAGAGAGAACCUGGCUUCGUAUACGCCGGCACCCGUCAGUGCUGAAGAUGCUGAAUGUCAGGUUGGAGUAAAACAGACUACAUACCAUAAUGGAAGAUGUAUACGUCUUGGGAAUGCCCAAAGACCGGCUUGCCAGGCUGGACGGCAUCUUGAUAUUUAUAAUGGUGAAUGUAUUCGACAGGCCAGCGAAGAAAGAACCAUAAGUUUCAGACAUGAACGUGGAAACUUUUUGAUAGAUGUUGCCUGAAUUUGCACGUUAAGUGACUGUGUUCUUUUCUAAUCCCCAAAAAUAGCAGCCUUCAUCCUUUCUCUAUUAAAGACAUAUAAUCACAUAGCUCGAUAACGGAAGGUUUGUUUCAUGGAUGUACACCAUAUAUAUAUCAUUCUAGAUAUGCGUAGAUAUUAUGUAUGUUGUUUAUUUAAUUCCAAUAAAACAUAUAUAUCCAU